AUGGGCACGACUCAACGUCACAAGGGCAUGGGGCUGGCUACAGAUAAUAAGAUGCUGCAGUCCGCGGCACUUGUCACCUGGAAGGAUCAGUCAAAAUCUUCGAUUUAUGAUAUGGAUUGCGACAGUGAAGAUGAGGUCGAUUUACUUCUCGCGUCAAGUCGCUCGCCCAUAGGUGCUGCAACUCCUCUCCACAAUGCGGAUACGGAAGAGAGUCCCAAAUUUAAAGCGGCCAUACCCUCUUGGGCUCUUUUAAAUAAAUCAAGCUCGCACGAAACUGUCAGUACGACGUAUCUGAUAUUGUUGACCUGUGGAACAUUUGGUCUUCAAAAUGUAUGGUCGCUACUUUUGGCAAAUGGAACACCAUAUCUUCUGUCGAUUGGUUUCUCGCGAUCGAUCACAGCUCUCAUUUGGGUGGCAGGUCCGCUGUCGGGGACGUUCGUUCAGCCCUUCGUCGGUGCCAUUAGCGACCAGUAUGUAAGCCGUUGGGGAAAGCGGAAACCUUUUAUCGUUGCCGGAAUUGCUGGAGCAGUCCUCUCGAUAAUGGGAAUGGCCAUCAUGCGAAUUUCUGCAACCAGGAUCUACAUCUGGUUUGCUCGCGACUACGUGGGUCCCCAUACUAUGGCCAACCUUGCUCGGGUAUUCGUUAUACUCUGGAUAUGUAUUCUGAAUCUGAGUUUGCAGCCUCUUCAAGUUGGUCUCCGGUCUUUAAUCAUCGAUGCCUGCCCAAGUCACCAGCAAAGCCAGGCUAGUGCGUGGUCAGGACGUUUUACUGGGUUAGGAGGUAUAGCAACUUACCUAUUGGAUGAUUUCUUGAUUCGACGAUAUCAAGACCGGACUUUUGAGGUCUUAUGUAUAGUCACCAGCUUGAGUUUGAUCAUUACCAAUCUUCCAUGUAUCCUUCUCAUCAGAGAAAGAAGAGGAUCUCUGGAGACAGUUCCAGAUCGUCAAACUUUCUGGUUGUUAAGAUUGGCCAAGCGCCUCAUUCGAACUACGCGGCGUAUGCCAGCGAGCAUCAAGUAUAUCUGUAUGGUGCAAUUUACUUCCUGGCUGGGAUGGUUUCCGUUUCUAUAUUAUAAUACCACAUACAUCUCGAGUUUAGAUUUAAGACAGACCGACAGCGAAGAAACUCCGAAUUCUAGCGGAGUCCAAGCUUACCUCAUUUUCGCCAUUGUUUCAUUCUAUUGUUCCGUGGUCCUUCCAUGGACCAAGCCCUCAGCUUCCAGAUCUUCAAACCCAGUAUACCCGGGCUCCAAAAUGGAUCAUCUGGGGAAGUAUAUAAACAUCAUUCUUCCAAGACUCUGGUUUUUCUCCCAGAUUCUCUUUGCCAUAUGCAUGCUCUCCACGAUGGUCAUAUCGGACACCCUAGGUGGUACUUUCAUGGUGGCGAUUGUGGGCAUCAGCUGGGCACUGACUCAGUGGAUACCAUUGGCGCUGAUGAGCGCGGAGAUCGCCAAUCUUCGUGAUGCUAAAAGUUGCGAGUUCUCCCAGGAGGAGGGGGAUGGAGAUGAUGAGACAGGGAGCUUGAUGAGUUUGUUUAACGUGGCUAUCUCCGCGCCACAAAUCUUGGCUGGGAUAUUAUGCAGUGGGCUAUUUUGGUUGCUUGGGGGUGCUGGGACGGGAGACUCUCUAGGUUGGGCCUUGAGGAUGGGUGGGAUAGCUUCGAUCAUAUCGGCAUUUUUGAUGGUUUGGUUGAAGAGAUAG